UUGCUUUAUAAUUGGAUGAACUGGAGCGAGCCAACAUACAAUGACGAGUUAUACCCACUUUGGGGACGUGUCAUUGGCUGGGUAAUCAUUGGACUCACACUCAUUUUUAUUCCUUUGGUUAUGAUUUACGAAUUUCUGAGAGCAAGUGGAAGCGUUGCUGACCGUUGGAGGGCAAUGAGCAGGCCCAGAGCUGAUUGGGGACCACAGAUGGAGGCAAACCGAGCACAGGCCUGGCAGAUGCACGAAUACUACAACACUACGAUGGGAGGCAAACGAGAGGCUCCCGAUACCUCUCGCAACUAAAACCACAUGUCAUUUUAGACUACCCAUUAUUUUUGCAGUUUAUUAAAACGUACAAUUUAUAAUGUAACUAGGCUGGUAUACUUGCAUUGUAUUCAGUUUUUGCAUUCCGUUUGAUAAAAAUGGUUGGUUUCCGGUCAGGUUACUCAGUGUUAUCAAUCUACAGUGUAUGAUUACGACUUUUAUUACUUAAGAAUGGGCUAUUUCCUCAAAUAGCCUACAAUUAUUUAAUGAUUUCCCACCUAUACUUAUUGACCGAAAUUUGAGAGGAUAUCAGUCUGUUUUUUUUUUUCUUUUUUGCAAUUGGUCAUUCUUUACCUCAUAUUAUUAUUCUAUUAUUAGUGGAACUCUAAAUUAUAUUAGAAAUUAGAAAAUACACCCAAAUAAUGAAACUCUAAAUUAUAUUAGAAAUUAGAACGUACACUCAAAUCCUUUAUAAACUGAGAGUCAGAAACAGGCGAAAAAUUUUCCUCAACUACACAGUUGACUAACCUGAAGUUUACUACUAAAGGCUUGAAUGUUACAAAUAUAGUUAAUUAAUACUGUAGAUAGGCACCGGUGAGAUAGGCCCACAUGUUAUGUGUAGUCAAUUUAUUGUAAAUCGGUAAGCUUUGUAUAUGGUUGUUUGUUAGUUCGACUGACAAACUACCAUAUACAAAGCUUACCGGCAUUUGAGCAAAUCGUACAUAUUACAAAACCAUUUUUAUUAACCCUCUUAUUUAAAACUUCAAGUUGUUAUAUAUUUUCAACAUUUUUUCACUUGUAAAUAAUGUUUAGUAUGUAAUUAACACAUUGCUAGUUUUGCCAAUUAUGUUUGGUGUCGAAUACACUUGUUUCUGCGCAUAUGACCCUCGUAAUACGGUAUAAAUGCAUAACCUUUAACCUUUGUAUCGUUUUUCGUUAUAGUAUUUGUUAAAAGCAUGCAGUCCUUUAAACUAUAAUCAUAAAUUAAUAUGACAGAAGUUGUUUAUAUAUUUUUAAACAUUUUAAAACUCAGUAGUUCAUAUAUUUUAAACAUUUUCUCACUUGUAAAUAAUGUUUAGUAUAUAAUUAAUACAUUCCCAGUUUGGUGUGGAAUACACUUGUUUGGUCUCGCAAACAAAUAAUACCCUAUUUUGAAUGGACCGCUCAGGUAGUCUAUAGACUAUCGGAGCGGUCAAUCUUAAGUUAACGUGGUAGGUUUCAGGAGGACAUUAGUUUCCUUAGCGAUCCUGAGGCAACUUGACAAAUGAAACGCAACUGCAAAACUUUUAUCAGGCCAAAAAAAAAAAUUGUUGUGUUGCCAUUAAUUGAGA